AUGUUUGCAGACUUGGAUUAUGACAUCGAGGAGGAUAAACUUGGAAUCCCUACUGUGCCUGGGAAGGUGACCCUCCAGAAGGAUGCUCAGAACCUCAUCGGCAUCAGCAUCGGAGGGGGGGCCCAGUACUGUCCCUGCCUCUAUAUCGUCCAGGUGUUUGACAACACCCCGGCAGCCUUGGACGGCACGGUGGCCGCUGGAGAUGAGAUCACCGGUGUCAACGGCAGGUCAAUCAAAGGGAAGACUAAGGUGGAGGUGGCCAAGAUGAUUCAGGAGGUGAAGGGGGAGGUGACCAUCCACUACAACAAGCUGCAGGCGGACCCCAAGCAGGGCAUGUCCCUGGACAUUGUGUUGAAGAAGGUGAAGCACCGGCUGGUGGAGGGCAUGAGUUCAGGGACUGCAGAUGCCCUGGGGCUGAGCAGGGCCAUCCUGUGCAAUGAUGGCCUUGUCAAGAGGCUGGAGGAGCUGGAGCGGACGGCCGAGCUGUACAAAGGGAUGACGGAGCACACCAAGAGCCUCCUGCGGGCCUUCUAUGAGCUGUCGCAGACGCACCGGGCCUUUGGGGAUGUGUUCUCUGUGAUCGGGGUGCGGGAGCCCCAGCCAGCCGCCAGUGAAGCUUUUGUGAAGUUUGCCGACGCCCACCGCAGCAUCGAGAAGUUUGGCAUCCGCCUGCUGAAAACCGUCAAGCCGAUGCUGACAGACCUGAACACAUACCUCAACAAAGCCAUCCCAGACACCCGCCUCACCAUCAAGAAGUACCUGGAUGUGAAGUUUGAGUACCUGUCAUACUGCCUGAAGGUGAAGGAGAUGGAUGACGAGGAGUACAGCUGCGUGGCCCUCGGGGAGCCCCUGUACCGGGUGAGCACCGGCAACUACGAGUACCGCCUGAUCCUGCGCUGCCGCCAGGAGGCUCGCGCCCGCUUCUCCCAGAUGCGCAAGGACGUGCUGGAGAAGAUGGAGUUGCUGGACCAGAAGCACGUCCAGGACAUCGUGUUCCAGCUGCAGCGCUUCGUGUCUACCAUGUCCAAGUACUACAAUGACUGCUACGCCGUGUUGCGGGGCGCCGACGUCUUCCCCAUCGAGGUGGACCUGGCGCCCACCACGCUGGCCUAUGGCCUCGGCCAGGAGGACUUCACGGACGGGGAGGAUGGGGAAGACGAGGAUGAGGACACGGCAGCCCGGGAGUCGUCCCAGGAUGCGCGAGGGGCUUCUGGGUCCCUGGACAAGGAUGGCAGCUGA